ACUGACUAUAUACUACGUGUAAUGUGUGCUGUGCUGUGCUGAGUACGAAUACGAAUACGAAUGCGAAUAUAUACGAGUAGUAGUCGUAGUCGUAGUCGUCGUCGAGUAUGAGAAGAGCAAUUUCAUUACGUCGCGUCGUGGCGUGGCGUGGCGUGGCGGUGACUAGCGAGCGUAAGCGUAAUGGAUUUAGUUGUGCGUUCGGAUCGGUUCGGUGUGUGACCACGUUCCGUCCCUUUCGACUACGUUUUCUUUAGUUCGCUUUAGUUUCGUUUAGUUUACUCGUAGUUUAGUUUUUGCAGUGCACCGUGGUUUGGUUAUUUCAUUUGUUUUUCACAUUUCAUAUAUCUAUACGAAUUCAUAUCAUUUCGUCUUCCUUUAUCGCUUGUACCUAUCGUAUAUCUACCUAUCUGUUCGUUUGUCAUUUUUAUCGUCAUUCGUAAUUCGUCCGUUAAAAAAUCAUUUUCGUCCAACACGUUCGUGUUCGCAUCCGCGUCCGCGUACCGUACCUCAUACACGUGGUGUUAAGUAGGUACCUACCACUAGUCUACUCUACAAGACGACGCAACUGAUUAGCACAGCUCAUACCUACAAUCGCUUUCGCUACUUACCUAGGUAGUGCAUAUAGGUACCUACCUACGCAUCUACGCACGUCAUAAAGAUACACGUCGACGUUAACGUUCCCAAUUACUGCCUAUAAACUCUAUACACUUACCACUUAGAUGCUUUACACGCCCAUGUUGGAUAUCUGCACAUCUUGUAUGGAGCAUGGCAGUAUAUGGCUAUGGCUAUGACUAUGGAGAUGACGAUGGCGGUAAUGAAAUGGUUGCCGGAGACGAAUACGAAUACGAAUCGACCACAGAGCGUACGAGUAGGUAUAAUAUCAAGAUCGAGAUGCGAAUAUACUACUCGUAUGUAGAAUAAUUCGACGAAUACGAAUACGCUGCCGAUACCUACGUAGCUGAUACUCGUGUCUAUGCUUCGCUCGGAUUCACACGUUGCACGUUUGACGUUACACGUUGUUUUCUAUACUACGCUUUCAUUCAACAAGUUUUUAAAUCGUCGUACCACAGACACACAUUCCUAGACCUAGCUACUCGUAUUUUCAAUUCGAUUUCUGUUCACCAGUGCUAAUAUAUCCGUACCUCACUACCUAAACGUCGCAUCGUUAACCCUGACACCGGCAGCGCCGUCGUCAACCCAUCGCCUCGCAGUGCUUGCCACCUGAGUAAAAAGGUGUACAGUAGCUGACUUGAUUAAUUGUCAAUUGUCCGGCCUCCGGAGCGGCGUUGCGUGGUUUACAUUUUACAUAAGUACUCGUACACACGCAGAAAACCAGCAUGUCACGUGUUGCUGAUAGGUGAACACGAAAAGAUAACUCGGGAUAAGUAGAUGAACGGAAGUAAAUAUCGCAAUAAGCGUGGUCGGAUAGCCGCACAUCCGAGUACCCAUAUAUAGCCGGAAAAUGAGAGGAUGCAUUGGAAUGUGAAUGGCGAUCGCGGCGCCAGGUGGCGGCAUAUCGCUAUCGGCGCUCGCCAGCCGAAUACGACUAGUACCUAGACGAUAAACGUUGGCAUUGGGACGACAAAAAAAAAACAGACCAACACCAAGAUCAACAUGGGGAUUGGUACGUUAGUACUCGUACAAUUGAUGGUAGCCGGCGGUAUUUUGGCCCUUUUGGGCUCGGUGGCCGCCGAAACCGAAACUGAAGCUGAAACCGACACCGAAACGGACGAAUCGCAGUCGGCUAAUCGCGAACGCGAUAAUUCGCUCAAGUUCAAGUACAACCAUAACCUGACUGUGGCGCUAAUACUGCCCAAAACCAGUUUCGGCGCACGUGGCUACACCAGAGCCAUCUACAACGCAGUCAAUUCGUUACAGAAAGCUAGGGGUCCUAAGCCUCAGUUCAUCCACGCUUACGGCGCGCCGCAAGUACGCCACGAGAUGAUGUCAUUGACCCCCAGUCCGACAGAGAUUUUGUCGUCGUUGUGUAAAAUAUUUCUGCCGAUGAACGUAUCGUCCAUUUUGUAUCUGAUGAAUUACGAAAAGUACGGUCGCAGCACCGCAUCGGCGCAGUACUUCCUACAGCUGGCAGGCUAUUUGGGAAUUCCCGUCAUCGCGUGGAAUGCCGAUAAUUCGGGUCUCGAAAGGCGCGCUUCUCAAUCGAAUUUACAACUUCAGUUAGCGCCGUCGUUGGAACAUCAAACCGCCGCCAUGUUGAGCAUUUUAGAACGUUAUAAAUGGCACCAGUUUUCGGUAGUCACUUCGCAGAUCGCCGGUCACGAUGACUUCAUUCAAGCAGUUCGAGAGAAGAUCACCGAAAUGCAAGAUCGUUUCAAAUUCACCCUGUUGAAUGCGGUAUUAGUGGCGAAACCAACGGAUUUAUUGGAGUUGAAGAAUUCGGAAUCGCGAGUCAUGCUUCUGUACGCGACCAGUGAAGAAGCAAAUAUGAUAUUGAAGUACGCUAACGAUUACAACAUUACAGGCGAGAAUUACGUUUGGGUUGUAACGCAGAGUGUCAUUGAGAAAAAGAGAACUUUACAGAAAUUUCCAAUCGGCAUGCUGGGAGUACAUUUCGAUACGACUAGUACGAGCCUUGUUAACGAAAUUUCCACUGCCAUUAAAGUGUUCGCUUACGGCGUUGAAAAUUACAUUAACGAUCCGAAAAAUGCCAACGAAUCGUUGAACACGCAACUCUCGUGCGAAGGUGACGGCGAAUCACGAUGGAAAAAUGGAGAAAGAUUUUAUAGGUAUUUGCGAAAUGUGAGUUUAGAAGGAGACCAAAAUAAACCGCGUCUAGAAUUCACCGCCGACGGCGUAUUGAAGGCGGCCGAACUCAAGAUAAUGAAUUUACGACGCGGCGACAACAAGCAACUCAUCUGGGAAGAGAUCGGCGUGUGGAAAUCGUGGGAAAAGGAAGGCUUAGAUAUCAAGGACAUCGUAUGGCCAGGAAACAGUCACACUCCGCCUCAAGGAGUUCCCGAAAAAUUCCAUCUCAAGAUCACUUUCUUAGAGGAGCCUCCUUACAUAAGUCUAACGCCACCGGAUCCGGUCACCGGCAAGUGUAACGUUAACCGUGGAGUUCAAUGCCGCGUCGCCGUAGAUGCCGACAUGGAACAAAUUGAUAUACUGCAAGCGCAAAGAAACGCGAGUUUUUUCCAAUGCUGUUCGGGAUUUUGUAUCGAUUUAUUACAAAAGUUUGCCGAAGAACUUGGUUUCACGUUUGAACUUUUUAGAGUGGAAGACGGCCGAUGGGGAACGUUUCAAAACGGCAAAUGGAACGGACUGAUUGCGGAUUUAGCAAACCGUAAAACCGACAUGGUAAUGACAGCUUUGAUGAUUAAUUCGGAUAGGGAAGCGGUUGUGGAUUUUUCUGUGCCAUUUAUGGAGACCGGCACCGCAAUUUUGGUAGCCAAACGAACCGGCAUCAUUUCGCCGACUGCGUUUUUAGAACCAUUCGACACGGCUUCGUGGUUUCUAGUCGGAGUUGUGGCUAUUCACGCGGCAACCUUUACCAUCUUCCUUUUCGAAUGGCUCAGUCCAUCCGGUUUCAACAUGAAGACAAAAAUACCAUCGCCGACGUACCGAUUUUCCAUUCUUCGUUCGUACUGGCUGGUGUGGGCUGUACUCUUCCAAGCCGCUGUACACGUCGACUGUCCUCGAGGAUUAACAUCCAGAUUUAUGACCAAUGUAUGGGCGAUGUUCGCCGUCGUAUUUCUCGCCAUAUACACCGCCAACUUGGCCGCCUUCAUGAUAACCAGAGAAGAAUUUCACGAGUUCACCGGUCUCGACGAUCCGAGACUGCAAAAACCGUACAGUCAUAAACCUCCGAUGAAAUUUGGCACGGUGCCUUUCAGCCACACCGAUUCGACGAUUAGCAAAUAUUUCAAAGAAAUGCACGCGUACAUGUCGCAGUAUAACCGAACAGCGGUGAAAGAUGGCGUGGACGCCGUAUUAAGCAGAGAUCUGGAUUCGUUCAUUUACGAUGGCACGGUAUUGGAUUAUCUGGUCGAACAAGACGAAGCGUGCAGAUUACUCACAGUUGGCACGUGGUACGCCAAAACGGGCUACGGAUUGGCGUUCGCUCGUAACUCCAAAUACUUGAACAUGUUUAACCAAAAACUGUUGGAAUUCCGUGAAAAUGGAGAUCUAGAAAGACUGCGACGGUACUGGAUGACCGGAUCGUGUAAACCCGACAAACACCAACAUACUCAGUCGAGCAGCGAUCCGUUGGCCAUGGAGCAGUUCUUAUCGGCGUUCGUGUUGUUGAUGUUCGGCAUUUUGAUAGCUUUCGCCUUGCUGGGCUUUGAAUCCGGCUAUUUCAAGUAUGCCAGAAAACGCAUGUACGAUAAGAAGAAGAAGCCUUGUUGUUGCGGCUGCUGUCGACUCAUCAGCGUGAGUAUGGGCAAAGUUCUGGAAUCAGAAUUCGAAGAGUUUCAAACGCAAAGUCGCCAAGCCAAUCCUUUUGGUUGUAAAAACAAGGGAUGCGUUUACUACGUCAAAGAAUUGGAAAGAUACUUGGACAAAUCGCAGUUGAGGAUACAGUAUUUGGAAAUGGAGCUAAACAGACACGGCGUUAAAAUACAGCCGUAUUCAUUUUUCAAAGACGUCCGAAAGAGGCACGAUAUGACUCGAAUUAAAUCUACGACCGAAUAUUUAGGAAAUUUUCACGGCACUCCUCGCAAAAAUCGGACUGAAAUCGCUGAAAUAGAAACCGUAUUGUGACACGAAAACGCGCAUAUUUAACGAAUUGCCGUCGCCGAAUCGGAAAGGCCGUACGAGUAGAUCUACAUGCCAGCAACAGGCAAAUUCCAGCAACAACAACAACAACCACACUCGUACGUAGACGAAGACGUAGAUACCGUGUACGCAGUGUACGAUUGCUCGCUCACUCAGGUACUACAUUGUAUAUUGCCAUGUGGAAAAUUCGUCACUCGAAGUCAAAACUAUGGGUACCUGCCAAACUGCCCAUCUGCCUCCUAUCGCCGACAUUUUUUUGUAGCUUUCGACGUACAAGAACAUUGGCCAUUGGGUAUAUCGUUGGCCGAUGAUGCUGGCUGACUGGCAUUAUUGCUUCUUUUGCGACACGUUCGAGCGCCGCAUUGACUGUAAUAUUUUUAUACCUUAUUUCGUAUGUAGUUACUCGUAGGUACCUACUUAGUCGUAUAGUUUAGGUAAAUACGAUAAAUACCUACUUGUAAUGCCUACUCACGCGAAUAAUGAACAGCGUACCUUCGUUUACACUUUGCGGAAAGGCGAGAUGCGAGCUAUGGGGCCCGAGGCGUGAGGCAGCAGAUGAGAUUUUAGAUAGAAUUCACGCGUGCGCAGCGCACCUUUUCUUCACUGCUGUAUAGAAAAUGAUUUUCUGCGACGAGUAAGGCUGUAUGGUACUUACCUGUAAUAUUUUAGUCAUUUGCGACUUUCAAUUAGGUACCAAGUUUUUUCGUAUCGCUUUCUUUUCAUUUUUUUUUUUUUUUUCAAUUUUGAUGUUCUAUAAGUACGCUCUAUCCGGAAGUGUGCCAAAAAUACCGAAUUCACGACAAAUAAAUGACGUUGCGAGGACCCGUGAAGAAAAAAAAACAUACCAUAUGUAUAGGUACUAGGUCGCUACCGGUCGAGUUUACAGACUAAAGAGCCGAACGUGAGUGAAUUAAACUUAGAUAUUGAUGAAAUGAGAUCCUCUUCCAAAAAUUCUAUUUUCGUCGAUUUAUCGAUUUAUUUUUUAUUUUUUUACAAAAAUAUCGUCGAUGAAUGCGUAUUUUUCAAAUGCAAAAUGAACGGUAUCGUUUCGCGAUAUAUUGUGAAUUCGUGUUGGACGUGGUUUCGAAUGUGUUGGCGAUUUGCUUUCAAUAUCACCAUUAUCGUCAUAAUCAGUGGCAUAUUAAUCGUUGUCUUCCUAUCUCCAAAAUGACAAAGUUGGCAAAUACCUCAUCAGGUUUUCGUUUUUUUUUCUUUUUUUUCCCCCCAUCAGUUUUCUCUCAUCUCGGAAAAUGUACCUACGUGUAACCUAACCAAGAUACGAAUAGAUAAAAAUCACGCAAUUUCGCAUCGGUUUAUUUAUAUGCAAAAUUUAUGCCACUGAAAAACACUAUUAUAAGUAGGUAAGUACCAACUUGUCCGCAUUUCGUGCACUUUUUUUUUCAGUCUUAUUUCGAUUACUGUCCAGUGUCCGUAUAAGUGUAGGUAUCUACCUAUUCUAUGAGUAUAAAACUAUAUAAAUAUCAUAAAUAUUGAUCACCGUUAGGUAGAACCUUUUGACAAAAAUAUGUAAAAUUGAGUGUUCAUACUUAAUAGGUGCUUAUCUCAGCAAACCUUGAAAAAAAGAAGCGAAAUUGUAUGCAAAUUGAACAACGUAAAAAAAUCAUUAGGCUACCUACCUGUACCUACAUAAUUACUAGGGCUGAGAAAAAUAUUUUAUAUCGUAAUUUUUUGUAGUAUACUAGAUAAGGUAUAUCCAACAUAGUUUUACGUUUCAUAAAAUUUCGAGUCGAUUGAGCCCCAUUUGUUAGAGAAUAUUUUGGUAUAUUUUAGGCAUAAAUGGAUAUUUUAGCAUAUUUUGGGCUUUUUAAAGGAAUAUUUGGCAAUAUUCAGCAAUUUUCACUGUUUUUGGAGAAUAUUUUUAAAAAAAACUCACAAAGCAGGCAAAAUUUUAAAACUAAAAAAAAAAAAAUUUUAAACGCAAAAAAAAUGUUUCAAUCAAAAAAUUAAAAUUUGAAAAAUGAAAAAUUUUUGUUUUCUAAAAAAAUCAAAAAUUAUGCUAAUUUUGAUGGAAAUGAUAGAAUUUCUUAUUCAUUUAUCUAAAAUAUCACAUAAUAUCAACAAAAUGAAAGAGGGAAUGAAAUUCUCUUUCAAAUGAUACCCAUAUUGUAAGGGAAUUUUUUUGCAUAUUUCGGGUUUUUAGGGAAUAUUUUUACAUAUUUCACGUUUUUUUGGAAAUAUUUAUAGGGAAUAUUUUAGCAUUUUUUAGAAAAUAAAUAUCUCAGCCCUAAUAAUUACCUAACGAUGAAACAAAUUUGCAUUAUAAACCCAAGAAACAUAAUCAUAUCUCGAACCCGUCCGAAUUGGUAUGAUUAUUUAAGAAUUUUUCCAUUUUAAAAAAUUGCAUUCCUUAUGGUCUCAUGAAUUUUUCUUUUAAUUUUUCUUCUACUUCUUCUUUAUCGUUUUUUUUUCUUUUUCUUCUUCUACUUCUACUUCUUCUUCUUCUUCUUCUUCUUACUACUAUUACUUUUAUCGAUGUAAUUACCUAUUUUAUAACUAUUGUUAACUUUCCGCAUUUUAAUUGUUAAUUAUUAGGUUAUUACCUAUUAUUAUUAUCAUUAUUAUUAUUCCAUUGCGAUUCUGUACGUGUGCCUAUACGAUUACGUACCUACAUACAUUACAUAAAUGGUAGUUACAAGGUGCAGUGCAGAAUUAAUAUCGAGUGCCCUGAAGAAAUUUUUUUUGUUAAUAAAAAAACGUAGGUAGAUUAUUAGCAACAUGAAUCAGAUGCGCAUGAUUGGUGGAACUGGAAUGUUAUUUUCCUAAAUCAACACUAAUGAAUCAUGCGCUAUCAUUCAUUAGGUACAGGGUGCGCAAAAAUAUUGUGGGCAACUUGACAUAGAUCACUAGGUUGUUUCAAUCUGGUUUCAGAUUAAAACAAGCUAGUAAAUGAAGCAGAUUUUUUAGAGAAAGUGCAAAAUCUAUCUGGUCUUGGUCUUCUCAAAUUCUAACAGGACAUGACAGCUUUAGAGACCACUUGUAUACAAUUAAGCGUACCUUCAGUCGUAACUACCCCUGUGGUAGUAAGGUCCAAGACAAUGAUCACAUAGUCUAUGAAUGUCUGUAUUCUCUGUCUGUUAUUUCCAAAUACAAGUUCAUAGACCGAACAAAUAGGAAGAUUACUUUUGAUGAAAGGUUCGACGUUUUUGCUAAGGAAUGGGUUAUGAGCUGGCUCAGACAGUGGCUAGUAUCCCAAUUAGAACUUAAUAUUGUUACCUUAAUGCCGAAUCUGUGUAUGUCCAUACAAAAAAGGUAUGAUUUUACACAUCACUGAUAAGGUUCGUAUAGGUAUGCUUGGAAGGGUUCCUUGAGUUCUGAUUGAACAAUGGUCAGCUUCUUGCAUGUUCCGUGGUGAACUUUUACUGCACUCAGUUGCAAAUUUUUCAAUUCAGGGUAUCCCGAGUCUUAUCAGUGACACAAAAAGAUAAUUUUUUUUUUUUAUGGACAUACUCCGAUUUGGCAUUAAGGUAAGGGUAAAGAUGCCCAUAACCGACCAGUUCCUAAUCCCGACCACCCUUUAUAUCUUGUCUGUUAUCAGCGUCACCUGUUGAAAAAUGAUAUGUUGUGUCGUUGUGUGUGUUCCUCCAUCACAGACAAUUAAUUAUUUAAGACCAACCCGACAACUGUAAAGCCAAAACUUGCAAAAUAAAUUGAAUUUGAAGAAAUUCCAUGAUCAAAAAAUUGUUUUUCACCAUUUUUUAUCGCCAAAAAUGUUCAACUUGUUAUAACUAGUUUUGUGUUGUUAAAUAUGAUUUGAGAUCAUGAUUAAAGUGAGAUUUUGAUGGUAUUGCCAUUUUUGAAAUCAAUCGCAGGUAGGUAUGUAUAGAAAAUUUUCACAAAAGUGUAAAAUAAUAUGGGUCUCCGUCUCCUAAUCCAGACUACCCAUGAGGUCAUGUAAAUUCAGGGUGGUUGGGAUUAGCGUACCAAAUUCAUUAUUCAAACAGUCAUUUUUAAGGUGCCUCGGAAGAAAAUUCCAUAAAGCCAUAAAGAAUUAUUCUAUAACCCCAAAAUUUUAAUGUAAGUUAGGGGAAGAUUCAAUCUAUCUUUUAAGCCAUUUACUGAUUUUACUGUAUUUUCAUGUGAAAUAGUAUUUUAUUGGUUGCUGCACUUUCAAAUGUGGUUGGAAUUGGGAUACCCAACUUUUUGGAGGUGGUCGGGAUUAGAUUUUUGAGAUGUUGCGGGAAAAAUUCAAAAAAAAUAUUAAGAAUUAUUUGUUUACGCCAAAAUUUUGAUAUGAGUUAGAGGAAGAUUCAACAUACCUAUCUUCGAAGCCAUUUCCCAUGUUUUGAAGUGAAGUAGUCUUCGAUCAGUGGUGGUUUUACUAAAAGUGGUCAGUUUUGGGGCUCCUUACCCUUAAUAAUAUGGAAUAGGUAUUCUUCUCUUCUUCAAGUUGAGAGCCCACUUGACAAGAGAUUUGCCAGUUGAGCAGAAAUGCCUGUUGAUUUUUGUAAAUUUGCCGUUUAAUAGGCGCCCAAAAAUGACAGUAAAUUUCCCGUAGAAAAAACACCGGUUAGAAAAAGCUACUUUUUAUAAAAACAGCCAUUUAAACUUUAAACAGCCGUUUUUGACCAGCGAAUGGCAGAAUUUUUUAUUUGCCGAACUGCCGGUUCUCACAAAUUAGCUGUUUUUUAUUCACCGAUUAUAGUGCACAUGCGCAAUGGGUAUUCACAACUUCUUUUUAAAAAAUUGAAUAAAAGUACGAAGUGCGGUACAUGUAUACCACUUGAAAACAGAAAUAUUCACCUUGCAAUGAUAGCUGCAUGGUUAGAGGCUUAGAGCAUUGGAUUGUCAAGCGGGAGUCCUGGGUUCGAUCCCCGCUUGGGCUGGAAAUUUUUUGUAGAUUCCAGGUUUUUAUUCAGCGAUUUAAUGCAUUAGGUAUUUAAACAACAGCCAAUUUUUUCCUGACGGUUUUUUAAUGGCAAAUUUACUGUCAUAUUUGAGCCUGCUUUUUCACUGGCUUUUUUUAUCAGUGAAUCUGUUGUCAAGUGGGAGGUCACUCCCACACUUUUUUAUUUUGUUUAUUUGUGUCAUUCCGUAGGUAAUGGGCCCAUUUGGCCAUUUCUAUUUAGUAUUUAUCAAGAUGAUUGUGUUUUUAGUGAAAUGGUCGAGAGAAUUGAUAAUCGAGGUUUUGAUGGAUUUCGAUGUAGAACAUAUCCGACUAUCACGUGUUAAAGUAUCAAGGUCGCAGGAGCGCCCCAAGUGGAGAAAAAUGGAACUAAAGUUUUUCCAAGAAGAGCCCAUUUGGUUGAUUUUGUUUUUUCGCGGUAAAUUCAUUUCCAAAGACUUCCAAAAAAAUACCCUCCGAAUUAUACUGCACCUAGUUGCCAGUGGCAACAAUUGUAUCUAUACCAUUCAAAAACUCGUUUUACCUAGGUGCAGCGCUAGCCAUGUGGCACUGGUAAAUGUAUCGCGGAGCAGGAGGUAUGGGUUCGAAUCACACCUCGAGAAGAAAUUUUUAAAAAAAUUUUACGAUUUUUAUUUUUACAAGUUGAGUUUUUGACAGAAAAUGUAAUUUAAUAUAUUUUUUUUUGCUUUUGAACAGAGUAAUGAAUUUCUAUGCAAAAUUUUAAUUUAUUAAUCAUUGUUUUUCAUGCUUAAAAUACUCAUAAACAUGAAAAGAUUGAGUGAAAAAAAUUUAUUGCAGAUGGGUAGUAAUAUUUGACAUUAGAAACAAUAAUCUUCAAUUUUAGGUAUAAAGGUUUUGGGAUUACAUGAAAUUUCAGCUUUUUUCAGAAAAAAAAAACUUUGAAGGUGAUUUUCUUAAAAGCUCAGCUUUUCAAAUUUUUAAUUAUGGAUUUUUUUGCACUUUUUGGGCGUUUAUCCAGCUCAUAUGAUUGCUCCGGAGGUCUACUUCACCCCCCCUCACCCCCCACCCAUAACUCAAUAUCGACCAAAUGGUCCCAUUACCUGCGGAAUGACACACUUUAUGUAGAGUGACACUCCUUUCCUAACUUUCCUUCUUUAUACCUUGUUGAUUCUACAUAGUUUUCCUUCCUCGGCCUGGCUAAGACUCCGGUAUGUUUUAUGAUUGGGAAGAUGAGGGCGAGGUCAAAAUCGAGCCACUAUGAUCAAACAAAACAUUUAGCAGAAAACUUUUUUAGGGGUACAUGAUAUUUUGUAUGCACACUGUACGUACUCGUAUAAGUAUGGUACCCAUAUAUUGUGUUUUUUUCCUAUACUUUGUUAUGGUUUGGUGGCAUUAGCCUACCAAAGGUGAUUUUAAUGCUAUCCAGUAUCUACCGGCUGAAUAAGUAGGUACCUAGUAAAAAUUGAAUACUGUAAGAAACUGACUACCUACCUAGUACCUACUUUACUACAUAUAACACACCUAUGAAAAUUGUGUAUGUACCCGCCGUAUACCUAGUACGCUAAUAUUAGAUACCUAAAUAACUCGUAAAAGUAUGCGCAGAAAAUAUCAACAUAAUAUACCUACGUAUGUACCUAAGCCGACUGUUUUGUUAAACUGUUAUCAUUUACCUAUCUAUCUAUUACGUACUUACCUAGAAUUUUUUUCACGUUGAUUUUUGAAUUAUUUUGUAAAACGUAAUUGUGGUUGUGAUUCUCGAUAUUAAUAACGUCCAAUACCUGAUAUUUGAAAUGCAAAAGACAAAAAAAUUAAAACAGCUCGUCGUUUUCGAGGCGCGGUUAAACCAGAACCAGAAAUGAAGGGCGACUUUUCAAAACGUUUCCAUUUUGGAGAGCAAUAAUUUUCGUACCUAUAUAUUUCAAAGCAUAUAUACCUAAUUGUUAUUUUUAAGGUUAUCACUACCUACGCGUUUUUCUUUGCAAGCCGAACGCGAAGAAGCAGCAUAAGGCUAUCGUUGUCAAUACCAAUUCAAUUUUACUUAAAGUUUAAUUUCGAAUGAGUACGUUAAUCUACGUGUUGUGUUUGUACGUAUAAGUAAAUUAGACAUCGAACGUUACUUUUUUAAAGCGUUGUGCGAUACACAGGCCACAGGCGUACGUGUACAUCUUUAAUAAACUACGCGUCAAUUCGAGCUUAAGAAUAAUACCGCAUACUUGCACCGAUAAAACGCCAUUUCUAAUUGUUUUUCAACAAUCCUAGUACUCCGAUGAUGUUGAUAGAAUUGCCUACUCAGUUCGCCGUAAAUACAGUCAACACCAUCUACGCAAUUACUUAGGUAUUAGUUAUUUUUCUGCACUGUUUUUCGCAAAACUAUUCAACUCUGUGGGUUCAUCUCAUCUACAUAAUAUUUGGGGGACUCAACUUACAAUUAGUUAUAAAGCUAUGAAAAUCUCAAAAUUAAGCUUCGAAGGUGAAAAACCAUCGUUCGAAAGAUUGAAAAAAAUUCAGGAGAACAACAAACGUUUGCAGUUUUUACCCUCCUUCGGACGAACUAAUUUUCAAAAUUUAUUUACAUAUAUAUAUUUUUUUUACAUACAGGCGAGUAUUCGGUUCUUGGUGUAAAAUUUGAAAUUGAAUUCGCCACCAUCGCUAUACAGUAUAUUACUCGUAGUAAAAUUGAUAUUGUUGCCAAACCACCUGUUAUCGCACAACGCGUCAUAUGUAUUUUUCACAUGAAAAAGCAAAGAGUUACCAAAAUGAUAACGCAGCUGUUUUCGUACUUUUAUUGCUCAAUCAAACGUGCCGUCACUUUAAAACUAUGUUUUUCCUUAAACAAAAAAAAAAACCAAUCUCGCGUAAACGAUGCUUAUAUAAAAUUGUCAUUUAAAAAUUUUUAAAUUUGUUGAUUGUUGUAAUAAAAUGAAAACGUUAAAAUUAUCUACUGUUUGCAAAAACAGUCGAAUUUCCUAAAUGGUACCUUAUUACCUACCUAACAAUUGGAUAAAGUAAAAAAUGCUAAUUAAAAACUUUGUUAUUGUAAUUUUUUAAUACCAUUAAGCGUAAGAGAAUUGUUAUUAUAUUAUUGAUACCUACCUAAUCUGUAUUUAUACACUAUCGCGUUGUCUAUGUAUUCGAAUAUAAAUUAAGUGUGAUACCUAUGUUAUUAAUUUGGGAAUAAGUUUUUACAAACGAAUCGGUUGUCGAUUUCAUACAUUUUAUGCUUAUUUUUAUAAUUUUUUGUUUUUCUUCUUGUUGAAAUGUUUUAUAUUUUACAUUUAUAAUAACGUCGACGUUAAUUCACGUUUCAUAAACUUACGAUAAGACGUAAUACCUACCGACGCGAUGCGACGCGACGGUUUUGUUGAAAAUAUGUGUGUGAGUGUGUGUGUGUGUAUAAAAUGACGCGGUAAUAAUGCUUUUGCUACCUAAUACAAAAUACUCAUUAUCGAUAACUAAUUAUUAUCAAUAAUCGCUGUUUGUACUCGAAUUAGUUGAAAUUUUUUUUAAAAAUAAUUGCUCAAAGUAAGUACAAUUUGACUAUACGCGAAAAAAAAAAUGCUGUACGCCAUUACGCGUACGUAUAAAAAUUUAAUUUAUCAAACGUGUGAGAAAUGUUUUAAAUAAAACGCUAUAAAAAUGU